GCUGCGGUCACAUUCAGGAAGUGAUCUGUGUUGUCUUCCUGACAGAUCCCAAUGGACCAGGUCUGCUAGCUUCACUGUCCGCUAACUGUGAUAUUACAGCAUUAACAACACUAAUAACUGUUCUCCCGGAGGAGGAAACGAUGGAGGUCGACUCAGUGUUCUACACUGAUCGUGGCGGAAGAGUCGCCAGUAACCCACUGCUGGACCAGCUCCCCAGCUACCAGUCCCUGUUGUACCGCAGGAAGUCCUCGACCAGUACGAACAAGCGAAAGGGCAGCACUAGAACUCGGCUCAGCUCCUCCAGUAGCGGGAAAUGGGGCAUGAGCACGGUCAGCAGACAGGAUGAGAAGCAGAAGGCACAGACGGAGCAGAGACCCAUCAGGGAACUGGCCAAGACCAUGGCUGAGAAACGUAGAAACAAGACGCAGCAGCUGGAGGAGGCUCGGGAUCUCAGCAGCUUGAUACAGUGGAAGCAAAACACCCGCAGGAAGCUGAGGAAGCUGAGGGAUGAUGCCAAAGACUGGCUGAGCUCCCUGCAGCUCUGGAGGGGAGACAUCCACCUGAUAGAGGGGAUGUUUGGCACAGGGAUCUUGUCUUACUUCUCCUUCCUGCGCUUCCUGGUCAUGCUCAACUUGAUCAUCUUUCUGCUCAUGUUCAGCUUUGUAAUGUUGCCCAUCAUCAUCGCCUCCCAUGCUUCAGGGAACACCACCUACAACCAGAAUGAUGGCAGUGUGUGCAGUGUGUAUCCAAGCAGUGCUCGACGAGGCCUGGUUAUCUUUCAUGAGCACAUAACAGAUCUGCUGUCUGGUGGAGGCUUUCUGGAACAGACCUAUCUUUUCUACGGCUACUACAAGGUGGACAAAAUCCUCUUCCCAAAAGCCACUUAUAAUUUGCCACUAGCCUACCUGUUGGCCACUAUAGCGUACCUGUUCCUCAGCCUCAUCUGGAUCGUUAAAAGGUCGGCCACAGGAUUCAAACGUAGCCUGGUUCAGGAUGAGGAUCGCUUUCAGAGUUUUUGCAACAAGAUCUUUGCCGGCUGGGACUUCUGCAUCACCAACGAGAAUGCUGCGCGGCUGAAGAGGAGCAGUCUGCUCUAUGAGCUCAGGACGGAUUUGGAAGAAGAGAGGAUCAAGCAGAAAAUAGCGGAUCGCACACGCAAAGAGAAGUGUCGGAUUUACCUGAUCCGCCUCAUCCUCAACCUCUUUGUCAUCGGAGUAUUGGCCGGUUGCUUCUAUAGCAUUUAUGUAGCCACCAUCUUCUCCCAGGAAGCACAACCGAAUAAUACAAAGGAGAAUUUCAUUGUGGAUCUCAUCUAUGAGUAUCUGCCCUCAAUAGUUAUCACCUUGGCCAACUUCAUCACCCCCCUUCUCUUCUCCGUCAUCAUCAAUUUCGAGGACUACUCCCCGGCCUUCGAGAUCCGCUUCACUCUCAUGAGGUGUGUUUUCAUGCGGUUGACCAGUAUUGGGGUGCUGCUCUUCUCUCUCUGGUCUCAGAUUACUAAAUGUACGGAGGAUCCCUGCAUCUGUGGCUACAACCAUGUGCUUUAUUCUUGCUGGGAGACCCGUGUGGGACAGGAGAUGUACAAACUCACCAUCUUUGACUUCAUUAUUAUUGUCACAGUCACCAUCUUUGUGGAGUUUCCCAGAAAGCUGAUAGUGAACCACUGGGAAUGUGGCCUGACUAAGUGGUGGGGCCAGCAGGAGUUUGCCAUUCCUCAGAAUGUGCUCGAGAUCGUCUACGGUCAAACAAUAUGCUGGAUCGGCACGUUCUACUGCCCGAUGCUGCCUGCCAUCUGCACCAUCAAAUACUUUUUCAUCUUCUACAUUAAGAAGGUAUCACUGAUAAAUAAUUGCAGACCAGCCACACGUCCAUUUCGGGCUUCUCGCUCCAACUUCUUCUUCCUUGGCGUGCUGCUGAUCGGUCUAGCUCUGGCCUGUCUGCCCGUCACUGUCAGUGUAGCACAAAUAAACUGUUCCCAGGCCUGUGGACCAUUUGUUAAUUAUACCACCUCCUGGGAGGUGCUGACAACAACGGUCAAGGAGUUACCUGAUGGAGCUCGGACCCUGCUCCUCACUCUCUCAUCAGAGGCCUUUGCUGUCUCCUUCUUUGUUGUUACGUGUUUGGCCAUGUUUUAUGUGAUCGCGUUAGCUGGAGCUCACAAGAGAGUUAUCAAUCAGCUAAGGGAGCAGCUCGCCAUGGACGGUCGAGACAAACGUUUCCUGAUCCAGAAGCUGUGCCAGGCCCAGCGAAUCUCAUCCGUCGUAUCUCCGGUGUCCAACUCUCGGCGCCGCAGCAGCAGCAGCAGCCCAAGCUACCACACCAGCUUCUCCAACAAUUUCAAUGAAGCCCUGUUCCUCGCAAACUCACCUCCAGACUCCUCCACACAUGAGCUCAGCUGCUGCGGAACCAGAGGAACGUGCUGUGGCUCCGGGCUCCUGACCACACCGAACAUGUUGCGAGUUACAGUCCGGGCCGACAUGGGCUCCCUGUGGGUGCUGUUCUGCAUCAUCUACUCCCAGUGCUGGACCGUGUCCUCGGAUGUCAUCGUCGUGGCCUGCGGCGGCUUCGUGAAGUCCGACGUUGAGAUCAACUACUCGCUGAUCGAGAUUAAACUGUACACAAAACAAGGAUCCUUGAAAUAUCAAACAGAUUGUGCUCCCAUCAAUGGCUACUUCAUGAUCCCACUCUACGACAAGGGGGACUUUGUUUUGAAGAUUGAACCUCCUCUUGGGUGGAGCUUUGAGCCUACCAGUGUCGACCUCCAUGUGGAUGGAGUUAGUGACAUCUGCACCAAAGAGGAAGACAUCAACUUCUUUUUCACCGGCUUUUCAGUCUUAGGAACGGUGCUGAGUAAGGGCCAUCUCCUGGGCCCGGCCGGAGUAGAAGUCAAACUGAGCCGAGAGGGAACAGCAGAGAAACUCCAGAGUGUUGUCACACAGCCUGGAGGAAAGUAUACCUUCCUCAAAGUACUUCCUGGAAUUUAUGACAUCACAGCUUCCCAUCCCUCUUGGUCUCUGGAGCAGAGCACAACCUCGGUGCACGUCUCCAAUGCCAAUGCCCUGGCCGCCGACCAUCUGGUGGUUGGAGGCUACGACGUCUCGGGGGAGGUCCGCAGUGAUGGAGAGCCCAUGAAAGAGGUCACCUUCCUGCUGUACUCGGCCGCAGUCAGGAGAGAGGAUGUUACUGGCUGCAACAUGACCCCAGUGGAAGGGGCAGAUUCUGGGGACAGCUCCCUGGUCUACCUGUGCAGCGCUCUGUCCAGAGAAGAUGGCACCUUCGUCUUCCCCUCUCUGGCCAGCGGAGAGUACACUGUGGUGCCAUUCUACAGAGGAGAAAGAAUUACAUUUGAUGUUGCACCGUCCAGGAUGAAUUUCAAGGUUGAGCACAACAGUUUGAAGCUCGAGCCAAUCUUCCGAGUCAUGGGCUUCUCCGUGACAGGCCGAGUUCUCAACAGUAUCGAAGGGGAGGGUGUAACAGACGCUGCAGUGUCCCUCAACAACAACAUCAGAGUCAUCAGCAAGGAGGAUGGUUCUUUCCGGCUGGAGAACAUGACAGCUGGUACCUACACCAUACGUGUAAACAAGGAGCUGAUGUUCUUUGAGCCAAUCACAGUGAAGAUUGCCCCCAACACGCCUCAACUUCCUGACAUCAUCACAGCAGGGUUCAGUGUGUGUGGCCAGAUCUCCAUCAGCCGCCUGCCUGAGGGCAUGAAGCAGCAGGGUCGCUACAAGGUCACGCUGACACAGCAGGACCAGGACAAGACGUCCAGCCGGACCAUCGAGUCCGACCCUCAGGGGGCUUUCUGCUUCCAGGCCAAACCUGGAGACUACAGCGUCCAUGUAUCUCUCCCUGAGGCGGAGGUGAAAGCAGGUCUGGCUCUGCAGCCUCAGGCCCUGGAGGUCUCCCUCGUGGACCGGCCCCUCACUGACCUCCUCUUCACCCAAUUCAUGGCUUCAGUCUCUGGAAAAGUCUACUGUCUAGCGUCCUGUGAUGACCUCUCAGUAACCCUGCAGCCAGUGAGUCGUCAGGGAGAGAGAAAGGCGGUGGCUCUGUCUGGCAGCAAUGACAUCCUCAACUUCUCAUUCGACAACGUUCUUCCUGGGAAAUACAAAGUGAGUAUUUCUCAUGAGGAAUGGUGCUGGAAACACAAGUCCAUUGAAGUGGAGAUUCUGGAUUCUGACGUCUUGGGGGUUGAGUUCAGACAGAUUGGCUACAUCCUGCGCUGCUCCCUCUCCCAUGCCAUCACUUUGGAAUUCUUCCAAGAUGGCAGCAAACCAGAGAACGUCGGCAUGUACAACCUUUCUAAGGGCGUGAACCGCUUCUGUCUCUCCAAGCCCGGUGUUUACAAAGUCACCCCUCGCUCCUGCCAUCAGUUUGAACAGGACUUCUACACCUAUGAUACCUCGGCUCCCAGCAUCCUGACCCUCACUGCAGUGCGGCAUCACAUGACCGGGCUCAUCACCACUGACAAGAUUCUGGACGUCACAGUGACCAUCAAGUCGUCCAUCGAGAGCGAGCCGGCGCUGGUGCUGGGUCCCCUGCGGAGCCUGGAGGAGCAGCGGCAGGAGCAGCAGCUGCAAGAGAUUCAGCUCCGGCGCCAGGAGCGGGAGCGACGUGCCGCCGAAGAGGAGGGAGGUGCGAGGGAUGACAGCCCGCCAAUCCAGGAGAAGGCUGAUGAGCUGAUAGGCCCAUUCCACUAUGAUUUUUCCUACUGGGCCAGGGCCGGAGAGAAGAUCACUGUGACUCCCUCCUCCAAGGAACUGCUGUUCUACCCACCUGAAGUAGAGGCCACUAUCACCGGAGAGUCCUGUCCAGGCCGACUGGUGGACAUCGCAGGACGUGCAGGUCUGUUCCUGGAGGGCAAAGUCUCACCGGAGCUUCAGGGUGUUGAGAUCUCCAUCACUGAAAGAGGAGCCUCUGCUCCUCUCAUUACUGUGGCCACUAACGAGAAGGGAUCAUACAGUGUGGGUCCACUUCACAGCGACCGGCAGUACAACAUUAGUGCCAGCAAAGAGGGAUUCGUUCUGAGUCCUGUGGAGGGAACUCAGGGAGAUUUCAAGGCGUUCGCUCUGGCUGGUGUCACCUUCAAGAUCAAAUCAGAGGACGCUCAGCCCCUCUCCGGGGUCCUUCUGUCUCUGAGUGGUGGACAGUUUCGGUCCAACCUUCAGACCCAGGACACUGGCCUGCUCACUUUCAAUAACCUGAGCCCCGGCCAGUACUAUUUCAAACCCAUGAUGAAGGAGUUCCGCUUUGAGCCGGCAUCUCAGAUGAUCUCUGUGGAGGAAGGUCAAAACCUCAGCAUCGAUAUAACCGGCAUUAAGACGGCGUACAGUUGCUACGGAGCAGUGCAGUCUCUGAGUGGGGAUGCAGAGCGGGACAUUUCCGUGGAGGCGGUGGGUCAGGGAGAGUGCAGCCUUUACAACGAGGACACGGUCACUGAUGAGGAGGGACGCUUCAGACUCAGGGGUCUGCUGCCGGGUUGCAAGUACCUGAUUCAGCUCCGCGCUGAAGGCAACGACCACAUCGAGAGGGCGCUACCUCAACACAGAGCUGUAGAGGUCGGCAGCAAUGACAUUGAAGGGGUGAACAUCAUCGCCUUCAGACAGAUCAAUCAGUUUGACCUCAGUGGGAACGUCAUCACGUCACCUGAACACCUCCCAACACUGUCGGUGAAGCUGUAUAAGAGUGACAAUAUGGACAAUCCGAUCAACAGCGUCUCUUUGGGACAGUCACUUUUCUUCCACUUCCCUCCUCUGGACAGGGACGGAGAGACCUACGUUCUGAUGCUGUACUCCACACUGUCCCGCUCCCAGUAUGACUUCACGCUGCCCCAGGUCUCCUUCACCUCCACCGGAUACCACAAGCACAUCACGCUCACCUUCAACCCCACUCGUAAAGUGCCUGACCAGGAUAUUGCCCAAGGCUCCUACCUAGCUCUGCCCCUCACUCUGCUGCUCCUGUUGGCAGGAUACAACCACGAGAAGGUGAUCCCGCUCCUGCUGCAGUUCGUGAAUCGUAUUCAGGGAGUGAGGAGCAUGAGCCAAGCCAGCGCAGACAGCGCGGCUCUGGAUGAAGCCAAACGCCAGGCCAAGAGACAGAAAGCGCGGCGCACAUGAGGACUCACUUCAGACCACACCUUUGUCUGCUAAACAACACGCCAGCUCCCAUUAUGCUCAGCAAACACUGGGUCAGCCGAGGUUCAACUUCCUCAGUAUCUGUGGCUAAUUAUGGGCGCUAGUAAACUGUUUAGCUGAUGAAAGAUGUGAUUUGGCCCCAAGUUGAAGCUCAACAUAAACCACUCGACGCGCAUUACCACACCUCAUCAGCCAAUCAGGUUCGCUGAACUGAAAGCUGACAUUUUACAGGUUUUUGUUUUUUUUCCUUUUUGAACCUUUUUUUCCCCCACAACACUCAUUGUCGAAGAAGUUUUGAGAAUAUUUGAUACAAUAUGAGUCAUUUUUAUACAUUUGUAAUUUAUCUAGAUCUGCUAAAAAUCUUUAGUGUUUUGAAAGCACUUCCUUUUGAUGUUUGUCCUAACCUGGUUUAGGAUCAGUUACUGUGGAUAACCAUGUCCAGAACACGGCUGAAAUUCAAUAAGAUUUAAUCAGAACUACCAGGGAUUUGAAAACGUUCAACAGGUUGACAAAGGCUGAUAUACAACCUUAAGAUUUUAGGGCCUGGUCACACAUACGAAUCAAAUCUCAGCGUUGUGAUGUUCCCUUUGAAACUGCAUGGAUGUGACCAGGCCCUAAAACAACAUUUCACAAGCUCAAAACCUUUUUUGUCCCAAAUGUGAACCAUUGAUCUUAAACUGCAUUGACUGCUAUAAUGCCAUCACCAACAAGCGACUGUAUGACUGCUAUCUGUGUGGGAAGGACGGCCAAAGAUGUACCAUCUACCAUUGGCCGCCGUAUCACUUCAAUGUAAAACACCCACAGGUCACUGAAAUGCGCUCCAUCCACUCCUGAUGGUAAUUUAUAAGCUGUUCAGUGCGAUGCAAGAUUGACUUGUUUCUCUGUUGGCUCAGGAAGGUGACGGUGGAUAAGAUGCUGGAAUUGUGGGUAACGGGGGUGAGGAGCUAUGGGGGCUUACUGACAUUGAUUAAUUUAUUAACAGAAGUCUAAUCAGAUGUGAAUGUCUUACAAAGUGUGUGUGUGUGUGCUUUUUUUGUUUUUUUUUAUGAUAUUCUGUCAGAUGAAGUGUGUGAUGGACGACACGGUAAAGUAACAUUUAAAAUCCCCACAGAAGUAAAAAAUGAGUGAGAACAUCUACAAAGCAACGGUCGCGACCUUGAGUUAAACCCUGAGCGUUAAGGCAGAAUCUUAAUUUUUCUGAAGCUCACCACUCAGCUGUCGGAUGCUGUGGAGCCCAAUUAUUUCCCUGCAUUCAAUUCGUGCGCUCAGUGUUGUGGCCGACACUCAGUGAAAGAUGAAAAGGCCACCGACUAUUUACUGAGUUAAAAGAUAUUCCAAUUAGUCCACAUUUAGGGGGAGUUAAUUAGUUUGGUGGGGAUGGGAUGGGGAGGGCGGGGUGGGAUUGUCAUUCGCUCAGAAUCAGAAUCUACUCCUUCUUUUUCUUUCUUUUUUUGAGAUAAUGAAUAAAGUUUGACUUGAAGAAAAGUUGAUAGUUUAAUGAUUUUGGCUCCAGGGGGCAGUGUGAUGCUAGACAUUCAUAUUUUCAUCAAGAUGCCAGGAACUGCACAUCUCCUCAUUCUUUAAGUGUUUAAGAACAAAAGUUAUAUUGUGGUAUUUUAAUUAGGGAUCAAUAAGUUUCCUUAACCUUCCUUCUCGUCAAAUUAGCAGCAUGUUAUAAAAUGUAGUUCACAUUAGAGCAUGAACAAUAUUAAUGAUAUUGGGCUCAGAGAGGUUAAAAAUGAGUGUCUUAAGGAGCUUGAAUCGUAUAAAUAUCUUAAAUACCCACAUCUAGAGAUGCCUGGGAGGAAACAAACCUCACAAAACUCUUUCCACCUCAUUGUUGGGUCACUGGUGUUAGAAGAUAACAUAAGAGACACAGGUGAAUACCAGAGUAUAUGGACAAAAACAGCUUGUGAAAGAACAGUUCAGUUUUCAAGAGUUAAAAGGGAUGGAAAAAAUCCUGAUUGGCAGCAGAAGCCACAGCAACCCAGACGUUUGUGUUUGAAAUAAAUACCUGACGUUUUCACAAGUGAUACUUAAAACGUCAGCAGUGGCUUCAGUGCAUGAAACUCAGCUCUGUUCAAAUAAGCGUGUAGCUCCACUAACAUGACUUAUUGGGACACGAACUUUGUAAUGCCAGUAACUACACCUGCUUCUCUGUCUGCUGUGGAAAAAGGUCUGUUUUGACCAGUAGGGGCAGAAAGAUAGUAAAAUAUUCAGAAACAUCCUUGACAUGCCAUCAACUCUUCAUGUUUAUAACUAAUGACUAACUUUAACACCCAGAAAGAGCAGAUUAGCUCCUGACUUGUGUUUCCAGUACCAGGUUAUACAAGUCUAUUAUUUACAUUUUAGUUGUGGUGUGGUACACAAGCGUCUGAGAACUUCAUUCCAUCAGAUUGUUGGUCUCUAUAUUACUGUAAUUCUCUGUCCUUAUUCUGAGCUUCUGGAAUAAAAAAUGUAAAAACUUUAACAAAGGCAGGAAAAAGGAGCCAAUUUAGUUUUUGUCCAACUGCAACACCUCCCAUGAGGCUGUGACAAUGACUGAAGACUCAUGAGGCACAAUGAUAUUGUUUACUGCUGGUGGACACACGCUUGUGUGUGUGUGUGGGCCCAGUGAAUCUUCAUCAAGAUAAAUUUAUACCA